AAAUUAAAAAAGGGUGGUCACCCAACUGAAGGUGGGCCCAUCCGAGGAGGGCCCCUAGUGCCCAGCAGGUACAAACGGUGCUUAGUAUAGCUCAGGAAGCCUUAAGAGAGGAAGUCUAUGGGGAAAGAAGCUGAUUAGGAAGCUGAUAACAUGAUUCCUGAGCUGAUAAACUGGGGGUGUGGGAAGAUGGUAUCAGCUAACGGUCCCAGGUCCCAACGGAGGUCUCAUCACCUCAUCAGAAGCAAGACUGAGGGAGGUUCCAUGGUGAGGAGUCAGCAGACACAAGUCCUGGCUUUUUCCUGCUUGCGGCCAGCUGUGUGACCCUGGGCAGGCCUCCACCACUUUGCAGGUCAGUGGGGAAUUAUGAGAUCAGGGAGGGUGCGCCCUCUGUAGCCUGCCAAGUACCUUCCCCAAGAUGAGCUGAUUCUUAUCAUCAAACCCUAGGUCCAAGCAUGUUAGAACAAGACACACAUCAGAGAUGACUCAGACUACCUGUUAAUUGGACAGGCAGGGAAACCAAGGCCCAGAAUGGAGUAGUGGCUCUGCCAAGAGCAUUCAGCAGAUGAAAGGUAUAGAAUGAACUAGGACCCAGAGCCACUGGGCUGUUAGGCCUGGGUUUGCCCAGCACCAUGACAGGAAGAAGGAGAAAGCGGCUGGCAGGAGUGAGGUGGGGGGGGAGCCUAGGACCCUGUUCUCGAGGGUAAAUUGAGAUGGGGAUAGAAGGAUCAGAGUACUAGGCGAUUUGGGUUAGUCCCUACCCCUCUCGGUGCCACAGCCUCUGUAUUUGAAGUGAUCAGAGGGAAAGUCUAUCCCUAAGGGUCAUCCUAAGUCUAUGGUUUUUUAUGUGAGGGCCCACGAUCCAUAGGCCAGCCCACCCUGACAUGGAGUCAACUAGGAACAGGGAGUUAGCUCUCCUUCACCUUUACAGAAUAGAGAGGGAGGUCCCCUGCCCCCAUCCACCCCAUGGUUCAGUCUGGCCUGCUGCUGGACUUGCAUGUUGCUGGGGUGCUAGGGUGACAGCUUAAAGACCAGGAUCAUCUCUGCAGGAUCAAAAGGCCAGAUGAGUAGGUUCUGGGGGCAGGACUGGCUCCACUCGUGCCAGGGGAAAACAAGGCUGGGUCAGGCUAUGGGAGAAAGCGGGAAUAGGCCUGGCCCAGAUGCCUUGUCCGUGGAAAAUACCUGCUAACACCCUUCAUGGCCCAGUUUCCCAAAAUACUCAUCCUUGUCUUUCUACCACCACUCUCCAGGCUCUGCACCUUCUUCCUUCCCUCAGCCCCGGAGCAAUCUAAUGAGUCCUGCAAGAACUAUUGGGGAAAGAUCCAGAUUCUGGAAUUCAGGUGGCCAUGGUGGAAGUACAACUGGAGAACAACCACGAAUAUCCACCAGGCCUGCUGGUGGCCUUUAGUGCCUGCACCACCGUACUAGUGGCUGUGCACCUAUUUGCACUCAUGGUCUCCACGUGUCUGCUGCCCCACAUUGAAGCUGUUAGCAACAUCCACAACCUCAACUCUGUCCACCAAUCUCCACACCAGCGACUCCACCGCUACGUGGAGCUGGCCUGGGGCUUCUCCACUGCCUUAGGCACCUUCCUCUUCCUUGCUGAAGUUGUCCUUGUUGGCUGGGUCAAGUUUGUGCCCAUUGGGGCCCCCUUGGGCACAUCAGCCCCCAUGGUACCUGCCUCCCAGGUGCCUGGGACUGUACCACCAGUGGCCACCUCCCUGAGUCCAGCUUCUAAGCCACCCUCUGCUUCUACAGCCCCUCCUCAGACUCAGCCAUCUGAGGCCUGCCCACCCCAGCAAGCAUGUGGUGGUAGUGGGGUCCGUGGACCAGGAUGGCAAGCGGCCAUGGCCUCCACAGCAAUCAUGGUACCUGUGGGCCUUGUGUUUGUGGCCUUUGCCCUGCAUUUCUACCGCUCCUUGGUGGCACACAAAACAGACCGCCACAAGCAGGAGUUAGAGGAGCUUAGUCGCCUGCAGGGGGAGCUGCAGGCUGUGUGAUGCUGGUGUUAGCCACCAGUUAGGAGCACUGCCUUCUUCAGGGGUCAGCCAGAGGCCCCUGCUCUAUAGACCACUGUUCCCUGACCCUGCCUGGAGGCCUCAAUUCCUGUGUCCACUCUUAGGUAGAGACCAGAUUCCUGGCCUCAGGGUCCUUUGGGCUGGGCCUUGGGGCAGCUCCCAUAUUCCCAGGGAUUCUCCCUGUCAGCCUGUCCUAUGGGUUUUGUAAGUUCUGAUCUACACCUGGGCUGGGAGGAGCAGGGGAGGAAGUGGAAGGUCCUCAGUCCAAGGUUCAUACAGUAGGUGGAAGAGAGGCAGGGAGACCCUGGUCAGACCUUUGGUGCUGACCCUUAGCCACUUGCCCCUAUACAGGAUGUGGAGGUCAGGUUACACGCCCACCCAACUGCCCCAGAAGGCAGCCAGCCCUUGCUUUUUUGUUUGUUUGUUUUUUUGUUAAUCCUCAUGAGAGGAUAUUUUUUCCAUUGCUUUUUAGAG